CGAGGCACAGAGUCCUUGUCCAUCCGGCAGGACCCAGGCCGCCCUCAGCCAGCUGGCUGGCACUGGCCCGGAGCUUCGCCUCUGGACCUGCGGCCACUCCCGGUGACCAGGCAGAGGCAGGCGUGGACAGGCUGCCUCCCACCCCAGGGAGGAGCCGCUGCCAGCUCCGAUCCGAUAGGGUCCAGGCCGUGUUUUGGAAGCUGUGUUUACGGCUCCAUCCUCCUCCCUGGGCUCCAGCGGCGGCCGCGGCAGUAGCGAAAUCAGAGCCCGCACACAGCUCCCGCAGCCCGGCUGAGCGGGAGGCAACACCAGGGCUGCUCCGUGGAGGCCGAGCAGGGAGGACCGAAGGAUGAAAGAUUCUGAAAAUAAAGUGUAAAGAUCUUUCACCUCUGUGAUGGUGUCCGCUUGGCUGGAUUGAGGAGUCCCCGCAGAACUGGUGCCUCGCCCCCAGACAUGGAGCCCAGCUACGGGGGAGGCCUGUUCGACAUGGUGAAGGGAGGUGCCGGGCGGCUGCUCAGCAACCUGAAGGACAACUUGAAGGACACCCUGAAGGAUACCUCCUCCAGGGUGAUGCAGUCUGUGUCCAGCUACACAAAGGGAGAUUUAGACUUCACUUAUGUCACCUCCAGAAUUAUUGUGAUGUCCUUUCCCAUGGACACAGUGGACAUAGGGUUCAGGAAUCAGGUGGACGACAUCCGGGGCUUUCUGGAUUCCAGACAUCUCGACCACUACACGGUCUACAAUCUGUCACCCAAGUCCUACCGAACGGCCAAGUUUCACAGCCGGGUGUCAGAGUGCAGCUGGCCCCUCAGGCAGGCCCCCAGUCUGCACAACCUCUUUGCGGUGUGUCGGAAUAUGUACAACUGGCUGCUACAGAACCCCAAAAACGUCUGUGUGGUCCACUGCCUGGACGGCCGGGCCGCCUCAUCGAUUCUGAUCGGUGCUAUGUUCAUCUUCUGCAAUCUCUACUCUUCCCCCGGCCCAGCCAUCCAGCUGCUAUAUGCGAAGCGGCCGGGAAUCGGACUGUCGCCAUCCCAUAGGAGGUACCUGGGCUACAUGUGCGACCUCCUCGCAGACAGGCCCUACCGCCCCCACUUCAAACCCCUCACUGUCAAGUCCGUCACCGUCAGCCCCGUGCCCUUCUUCAACAAACAGAGAAACGGGUGUCGCCCUUACUGCGACGUGCUGAUCGGGGAAACCAAAAUAUAUUCUACCUGCACAGACUUUGAACGGAUGAAGGAAUACCGCAUCCAGGAUGGGAAGAUCUUCAUCCCCUUGGACAUCACGGUGCAGGGAGAUGUGGUCAUCUCCCUGUACCACCUGAGGUCCACCAUUGGGAGCCGGCUGCAGGCCAAGGUGACCAACACGCAGAUCUUCCAGCUCCAGUUCCACUCCGGAUUCAUCCCCCCGGACACCACCGUCUUAAAGUUCACCAAGCCCGAGCUAGACGCGUGCGAUGUACCAGAAAAGUAUCCCCAGCUGUUCCAAGUGACCCUGGACGUGGAGCUCCAGCCCCACGACAAGGCGGCAGACUUGACCCCGCCCUGGGAGCAUUACUGCUCGAAGGAUGUGAACCCCAGCACCCUCUUCUCUUCCCACCAGGAGCACCAGGACACCCUGGCCUUAGGAGGACAGGCUCCAGUGGAUGUGCCUCCCGACAACCCCCGGCAUCCUGGGCAGGGCGGCUUCUUCUCGUCUCUCUGUUGGCAAGAUCAGAAACCGGAGAGACCUUGUGAGGACGACCACGCCGCUCUGGUGAACCAGGAGAGCGAGCAGUCGGAUGACGAGCUCCUGACCCUGUCCAGCCCGCACAGUGGUGCCAAUGGUGACAGGCACCACGGGCCCACAAAGCCCAGCAAGAGGCAGCAGGAGCCCGAGGUGGCCCCGGCCCCGGAGGAGGUGGACCUGCUAGGCCUCGAGGGGUCCGACGUAGGCCAGAACUUCUCUCCGCCAGCACCUCCCCCCACCAACACGGAACUGCUCAGCGACCUGUUUGGGGACACUGGUGUAGCCCCAGCAGGACAGACCAGGGUGGAGGACGUGUUCCACCCCAGUGGGGCAGCAUCCACGCAGUCCACACCUCGCCGUGCCCCCACCUCCAGCUCUGCUUCGCCAACCCUGCGUGUGGGAGAAGGUGCUGCCUUUGACCCAUUUGGAGCCCCUCCUAAGCCAGCGAGCCAAGACUUGCUGGGCUCCUUCCUGAGCACGCCCGGUGCUUCCAGCGAUCCCUUCCUUCAGCCCACGCGGAGUCCUUCGCCCACUGUGCAUGCCUCCAGCACCCCUGCCGUGAACAUCCAGCCGGAUGUCUCUGGAGCCUGGGACUGGCACACUAAGCCAGGAGGCUUUGGAAUGGGGAGCAAAUCAGCUGCCACCAGCCCGACAGGAUCUUCGCACGGCACCCCAACCCACCAGACCAAGCCCCAGACCCUGGACCCUUUCGCCGACCUUGGGACGCUAGGCAGCUCUUCCUUUGCCAGCAAGCCCACCACACCAACUGGCCUGGGUGGAGGAUUCCCACCUCUCAGCUCGCCACAGAAAGCGUCUCCCCAGCCCAUGGGCAGUGGGUGGCAGCAAGGGGGCGGCUACAGCUGGCAGCAGUCACAGUCUAAGCCGCAGCCCAGCAUGCCACACUCCUCACCCCAGAACCGGCCCAACUACAACGUGAGCUUCUCCUCUGUGCCCACAAGUCAGAGCGAACGUGGGAAAGGAUCCACUAAUUUGGAAGGCAAACAGAAAGCAGCUGACUUUGAAGACCUACUUUCCAGUCAAGGGUUCAACGCUCACAAAGACAAGAAGGGACCUCGGACAAUAGCUGAGAUGAGGAAAGAGGAGAUGGCCAAGGAGAUGGACCCGGAGAAGCUGAAGAUCUUGGAGUGGAUCGAAGGCAAGGAGAGGAACAUCAGAGCCCUGCUUUCCACCAUGCAUACGGUGCUGUGGGCUGGGGAGACCAAGUGGAAACCUGUAGGCAUGGCGGACCUGGUGACGCCCGAGCAGGUGAAGAAGGUGUACCGGAGGGCCGUGCUGGUGGUGCACCCCGACAAGGCCACUGGGCAGCCCUAUGAACAGUACGCGAAGAUGAUUUUCAUGGAACUCAAUGACGCCUGGUCUGAGUUUGAGAACCAAGGACAAAAGCCUCUGUAUUAACGCGUGCGCCUUUGUCUCUUCUGCAGACCUGUGCCCUGCUGAGUGUGUAUCACAAUCCCGGGUUUGCACAGAGGACUCAGUAAUGUAUUUUCAGUACUAAACUUAAGUUACUCACAAAAUUAAUUUCUCACAGUAAGGAGUGUGGAUGUUUGGUCUCUUCAGCCAUAGAGGAGCCAGAGCAUGAGAGGAACUUCAGUGGGGUGACCCUUUGGGGGCUCGAAAUUCCUGCCUGCCCUUUGGGGGAGCCUGCCCAGUGGAGUGCCAGGGUGGGCAGGGUGUGGGUGGAUGGAAAAUUUCGGCCACCAAAGAUGAAGGUGAGUCGUCCAUCUCAUUGUCUGCGAGUGAGAUUGAGGAGUGAAAGUCACCACAAUAGGAUCGUCCAUCCAAUGAUUUUAAAGAAUAGUUUUUAGUUUUCCUUGGAGAGAUGUAAUUUGAAUGAAGGAUUUGCACAGAUUCAGGAACACAACCACCAAGUAUUUUAUUUUUAUAUUUUUGAAUUCCUAUGGCCUGUAGCAUCAUGCUAUGUGGGUCUCUUGGCAAGAGCACUGACACACAGAAGUGACGGGAUUGCAGGGCGUGGGUGGGCUGCCAGCAGCUCCUCCUGGGUCAGGCGUCCCUCGAUGCAGAGGCUGCCAAGAACACAGGAACGCCAGAGGUCGGCUGUCAGGCUACUGCCUGCCUUUCCCUUCGAAACUGCGGAGGAUGAGCAGAGAAGUCCUCCUAUCAGAGCAGCUUCACACCUGGUCUGAAUGACACUUCUGAUUUUGCCAUAAGGUUUAAGUGCUUGACUUUAGCUUUGCCGAGAACAUGUGCUCAGCGGGAAGCAGGUCACGAAGCAGGGCGGCCCGUUCAUUCUCGAUCUGUUGGAACCCGAGGCUGAUUUGGACUCGGUGUUCUGUAGGUUGAAUACCAGCUAUAGCACAAGGGGACAGGAAGGGGCCGCACCUUGGUGCCUGCCUUCCCACCUUCUCGCCCACUCGGGGGCUGUGUCAGUAUUUACCUGCAGCAACCAGAUCCCCCUCCCCUGGUGGAUUUGGAUCCCUGAGUUUUGCAGUAGUGUUUAUUGUUUUAAAGGGAGUUGGAGGCCCAUAUGGAUGACAUUCACGCGAGGACCUUUGUGAAAGCAGAGCUAGAAUGGAGCUGGUCCCGGCCUCAGCCUGCUGGAUUCUAGUUCUGUGUGCUGGCUGGUUCUCCGCUGGGCACCAGCGGUUCUUUCUCCUGUGACCUCAGUAGAUCUGUGAGUGAGCACAGACACGGUGUGCAUUACAUAGCUUACACAUGCACGGAGCAGAUGGGCAAAGGGUUUUCAUGCCGAUCUUAAAUGGUUCAUGCUCAACUUGUGAAAAGCUUUCCAAAGUUAUUUUUAAAAGACAAUCACUUUUUGUUUGCUUUAAUUUUCUUGCAGCAAACUAUAAGGAAGGGCAGCAUGUCAAAAUAUUUUAGGUUCUAUAUAGAAAUUUUUCGGCUACAAAGGUUUAUUAUUUAUUUUAUCUUUUACUGACAAUGUGAAAGUUGCAGAAAAUGUUCUCUUUUAAAAUAUACAGCUGAAACUGUUCAAGGUAACCAUAACAAAUUAGGUGUUAUUUAUUAACAUAUUAUGAAAUAAUGUUUGACCCACUAUGUGCUUGUCUUAUUUAAAACUGGAAUGUGAGACAUGUUGCUGUGACCUGCUGUCUUUUUUCUCAUUCACAUUUGUAGAUACCAUGUGAGCUACAGUGUAUAAUGAUAAUUAAAAGGCACUGCGUGGAUCUUACGUACAUCUUGAAAUGAUAGAAGUCCGUUAGCUUUGAAGUCUGGUAGCUUUGUAUCAUGUUGGAUAACUCAUUAACAUCUGCAGUUUAAAAGCAGCAUUAAACCCCCUGUUAUUAGCAACGAGAGUCUUAUUUAACUUAAAUUUUUUCCAGAUACAGUAUAAUUCUGGACCCCUAUUUAUUUCAAAACUCUUAACUUAUGCAGGCCAACAGGUUUUUGCAUUCCUUUUAAUUAUCUGAUUGUGACAGAGCUUGUUGUUGAUCAGUCACUAUUUCAUUCAUAUUUAUUGUAAUAUAUUUUUGUUUUGUAAAUAUGUUAUACACUACAAAAUGUGAUUGGUCUAAAAUAUUUGUAAUGUAUAUUAAAAGGCUCAAAAAUA